UAUGUAUAUGCACAAAGUUAGAUUUCAUAAGUGGAAAGGAUUUUUCACGAUUAGAAGUUUCGUAAAUAAAAGCUAUGGCAUAUCGAAUUUGGAUUGUUAUUCAGAUAUCAAUGUGUUUCUUGUUGUUUAAAAGUGUGAGUUGUCAGUGUGAUGGGACGGGACCAUUAUUAUUAACCGCAGGAACGUCUCCAAAAUACUUUACAUCGCCUAAUUACCCAAGCAACUACCCGGCCAACUCUGAUUGUUCAUGGCGCAUUGUAGCCCCUAGUGUGUAUGAAAAAGUAAUCAUAAACAUCGAAGAUUUCGAUUCAGAAAGUACAACCUCCGAUUACAUGGAUCUGUAUGAUGGAUAUAACUCAUCAGCGACACUCGUUAUCCGGAUGGCUGUCACCAAUAGGAAGACUUUAAAUGCGUUUGUUAGUAGCAGUGAUGUCUUAUAUGUAUCUUUCGUAUCCGAUUAUAGUAUUCAGUAUUCGGGCUUUCAAAUUCUUUACUUUUCAAACAAUACAGCCAACCAACCGGCAUGUGAUGAAAUUCUAGAUGUCUCGUCACAAGAGCAAGUUUUGAUGUCACCAAAUUUACCUGACCCAUAUAACGCAGCUCAUUCUUGUUCUUGGACAUUUUCAUCGACAACUGGUAUCUUGUUUCAAAUAAAAUUUCUGGAUAUGGGAGGUUGUGGACAGAGUCACUUGAGAUUCUACGAUGGUAAUUCAACGGACGACGACCAGUUAGACACUGUUUGUUCCACGGCGUAUAUAUAUGAGUUUUCUAACGUAGAAACAACCGGAUUUGUCGGCCAUAUUGAAUGGACAGUUACCGACCAGUCGUCGGAUUAUUAUGGUUUUAUGCUGGUUUACCGGACAAAUGGGGCCGCAACAACAACAACAACAAAAACUGCUACUACUACAACAACAACUACUACUACUACUACAACCACCACCAAACCUACUACUACUACUACUACUACUACCAAACCUACUACUACCACUACCACCACAACCACACCUACUACUACUUUUACCACCACCACACCUACUACCAUUGCCACUACCACUUCUACUACAACAACAAUAGUUCAUACAACGACCUUGACAACUGGGGUACCAAAUGAAUGUACCUAGUUACGAUUGGGCAUCUAACGUUUCUUUUUGUAGUUUUGUAGCCUAAUUUUGUUACCCACUAUUCAGUGUGAUUAAUAGUUAUCAACCCAUAUUUUGUUACAUGUAUUCUGAAAGUGUAUUGCUUUACACGUGCGUUGCAUUGCAAAUGAACAGAAUAUCUUAAUUCGCGGCGCGAUAAAAUGACAGUUUGGAGCACGCAUGCCAAGUUUGAUAUUUGGGAGUUAUUUCCGUUUUUAAUAUUCAAUGUUUAUGUACGGAUGAUUAUUUUUUAAAUUUGUAUUUUAAUCUUGACAAAGACUUCAUUUUAUCUCAGCAUGUGACGAUCCCUUAUUCAGUGAAAACAAAUAAGAUUUUAAUAAAAUGGCAGUUAAGAACCAAAGUGAUGAAUAAGUUGACCUGACUUCGCAAUAUGACAUCAGAUUUUUGACUAAGUGUGAUAAAUUUGAUAUGAUUAAGUAUCUAAAGCUAAUCAUUGAACUUGAAAUUGAGUAGGCUAGAAGGUGAUCAGCCCGAGAAAAUAUGUCUUACAAAGUAUUAACAAUGUUGGGAUGAGCUUUUUACAAUUUUAGUUUUAUCAUGUGAUUUAUUCAGUACUAAUUUUUCAACGUGCACUAAGUAACUUGACAAUGUGUAUAACAGGGGUCCGCACUGUCCUGUUGAUAACAAAUAUUCAACUGACAUUAUUUGGAUUUUUUUAUUUGUUUUAUUACUACUAGGUGAUUCGUUUGAUAAAAUAUUUACAAAUUAAUAACAAUAAUAUUAUGUUCUAGAAAUAAAAUUAUGUAAAUUGUUGUUUUGAAUAAAGUUAAAUGAUUAUUUUUUUUUUCAAAUAUACUUAAAAAUGUAAAGUGAAACGGAAAAAGAAUAGAAAAAAUGGAUUUUUUAUUGUAUUUAACAGAAAUGUACAAGGAAUCGCACCUUUGCACCUUUAUCUAAUACGUAUUCUUUAACUAAAAGCAUUAUUGAAUGCAAUUACAAAUUUUUCAUCAUGAUGAUAUUGUAGAAGAUAUUGUUAUUGACUUUUAUCUUACUUGGUUUAUUUCCAGUAAGAAUGGAAACAGAAUCUUUCUUGAUGACCCUUAAUGGGGAAAAGGAUUUGCACACUGUUUGUUGUUAAAUGGUCAUGGGAUGAACUUCUUCAUUUGCAAAACAUGUUAGAGAAAAUCAUUCAAAAGCAUUAUUGUUACGCGAAUGUUUAAUUUUUUUUAACGGAAAUAAUUUUACAUAAAACAGUCAAUUAAAACAGAUGUAUCAAAUUAUCGAAUGGUAACGAAUUGUAGAGGGUUAGUUCGAAAUGUAAAUAUAAAUGGUUCGUUUUGAAAGCUAGAUAUCUGAAGUGACAGGAAAACAGCAAACAAUCACAUUCUUUUACAUUGAUACCUCCUUCUGUUGCUAACUACAGUGGUGUAGGCGAUGACGACUGGUAAAGACGAGUAUCUUUCUUUGUCUUUAUUCUACCCACGUUAAUCUGGUUCUGACCAGUAUUUGACUGAACUAAACUCCAGAUAUGCCGUCAUAUUCCUGAUGCGCAGUCCCUCCCAGCACCUGUCAUAAAAUACGCUAAGCCUUGCUUGGACAGUGAAUUCAACACACUUAGUGUUGUGAAAUGGCAAUAGGAUGACCUUGUUUAUGUGUAAAACAUGUCACUGAUAAUCAUUUAUGAGCAAAAAUUCUAUAAGGAAUGUAUCAACUUUAUAGCGGAAAUAAUUUUAUAUAAAGCAGUCAGUGAAAACAGAUGUAUAAAAUUAACGAAUUGUAACGGAAUGCGAAGGGUUAAUUCGAAAUGGCCAAAAAGAUAGAUAUUUGUUAAAAUUUUAAGUUUACUUUCUCCGUGUCCAAAUUUUUCAUAACUUUAGGAGUUGUUUUUGUGGAUGUAAAAUAAUUUCAAGUUACCUACUUAUCUCCUAAGAAAAGAUAACAAACAGAAACAACAAAAGGCGGUAGUAUUGGUGGUGAUAGCCGUCAAGAAACCCACAAUUGUGGAGAAUAAAGAACAAAAUAUUUCGACAGAUAUACGUGUAAUAUCACUGAUACUUUAAAACUUAAAGUGCAACUUAAAAUAGUAUUCCUUAUACCACACUGGAUAACCGGCUAUCCUGACGCCCGCUGGAAAUGUAACCCAGCUGUAAAUCGGUAGGUAAAGAUUUUUUUAUUUAUUUCUAUUAAAACGAAGCCAAUUUUUGCAAAUCAACUUGACAGUUUUGUCAAGAAAUGACCAUGGCUUACAUUUACAAUUUCUGGGCCAAAUACGAUCGUUAUGUUUUGAGAUAUUCGCUAACAAUUUCUUCAGUUUGAGAAAAAUCGAGCAAAAAUCCAAUGUUUUGUGCAAAUUGUUUUGUUUAUGAACAACCUGUGAAAACUUUUAUCAUCUGGUUUAACAGAUGUGUCCUUUCGGAACACCUGUGUAAAGUUUCCGGGUUCUACGUUAUUCCUGAAAAAGUAUAUUAGCCGUUAGAUAGGCAUGGUCGAGAAAAAAAGACUGUCGAAAACGGCCGCUGUAUUUGAAAUAGGCAGUCAUUGAAGUCAGCUGUCGGCUAUCGAGAAUACAGCUGUAUAAAAGUAAAAAUAACUGCCUUGUAGACAUGUUAUAUGCCCCGUAGUGUCUCUUCUUUAUGUAUAUUUUGUAUCUGUUUAGUCUGUCUGUGUUUUUGCGAUUUCUUUCGACUUUCAUUUGUGUAAAAUGUGUAUACUUGCAGUCAGUAAACACUUUGUAUAUACUUAUGUAUGGUCCUUAUUGCCAUGUCGAGUAAUUCUGGUUGAUUUCAUUAUCAUUGUCCUUUUGGUUUAGGGUCUAAAAGUUGCUUGGUUCCUUUUGCCCGUCCGUCCGUCCGUCCGCCCGCAGUGUCUUGUCCGGGCUCUGAUUCUACAUGCAUGAACUGAUUUUUAAGUAUUGAUUUUUAAACUUCAAACAUGUGUUACCGAUGAUACAAGUAUUAGUGAGGCCCAUUCAUUAAUGACCACCCCCAAUGUCAGUAUAACAAACAAAAAAUCUUUAACACAGAGCUAUAAAUAAGUAUUUUGUGUCAGACUGGCAAUUCCUACAUGCAUAGACAAAAUUUCAAAUAUAUUGUGUCGUAUAGUAGAACUUUUAUUUUCAUGCAGUUUUAUUUGAUAGCUGACUGUAUAAGAUCGUAAACAAGCAAAGAAGAGUUCCGAUCUACCUUGUUAUAUGUUGAUUAAAGCUACAUGUGGCUGCCAUGUUAAGAAAUAACUGAUUAACAGUCAUGUGAGAUUUUGCAAAGUUUAGAUUAUUUAGAUUGAAACAAUCGUUUUCAAUCGUUUGCGUCUAUACAUCAACAACUUGCAGUUUUAGACCAUGAAUAAACUGGUAUUUGUUGAAAAGGUAUUUAUGAAUAAAGCAAAAUGGCAGAUUUACAUUAGGAGCAAUUAAUAAUUAUGUAUGAGUAAAUAAGAUUAUACACCUAUCAAGCACCGCACUAAGAACACUUUUCAAAACAAGAACGGGCAUUUGGGAUUCAUUAAAGAUACUGAAUUCUUCAAACGAAAUUCAAAGGACUGACGACCAGAAGCAAUCAUUUGCACUUGCCAAACCCGAGGUGAAAUUACUUUCUGUAGUAGCCCGGAGGCACCUGUAGUGGUUUUCCUCCACCAUCAAAAGCUGGCAAAAUGGCAAUAUGUACUAUAUUGCUUCGGUGUAACUGCAAAAAAAUAUAUGACUGGCUUUCGCAUGGCGGAAAAAUGGCAAGAACGCGUGAACUAGGUUAAAAUUCAACCCGGUUGUGAAGGAAUAUAGUCCUAAAGCCUCUUGAAAUGAAAGCACCCUUUUUAAAAAUAAUUACGUUUCCGUCAAAUCACUGCCAGUAAUACUUUUUACAUACAAAAGUAUUCAAAAUCAUCGGAGUUAAUGGAUAGUCUAUAAAUGCUAACAUCCGAGUUCAACGACAGCACUAGCGGCCGUUUUCGACAGUCUUUUUUUUUUCGACCAUGCCUAUUUAACGGCUAAUAUACUUUUUCAGGAAUAACGUAGAACCCGGAAACUUUACACAGGUGUUCCGAAAGGACACAUCUGUUAAACCAGAUGAUACAAUUUUAACAGGUUGUUCAUAAACAAAACAAUUUGCGCAAAACAUUGGAUUUUUGCUCGAUUUUUUUCAAACCGAAGAAAUUGUUAGCGAAUAUCUCAAAACAUAACGAUCGUAUUUGGUCCAGAAAUUGUAAAUGUAAGCUAUGGUCAUUCCUUGACAAAACUGUCAAGUUGAUUUACAAGAAUUGGCUUCGUUUUAAUAGAAAUAAAUGAAAAACUUUAUCUACCGAUUUACAGCUGGGUUACAUUUCCAGCGGGCGUGAGGAUAGCCGGUUAUCCAGUGUGUAUACGUAAUGGAAAAAGAAAACUGGAUAAAAUCAAUAAUAAUCUUGGACAGAACUACUGAAACUCUGCAAAGACCUCUUAAGAUAGACUAAACAAAGAACAGAAUAUUCAAGGCAAAAUCUUGAUAAAUACUUAAGAAAGGAUCCUGCAUCUCAAAAUAAGAAUAAUUUACAGUUCCAAAAGGCUCUUAAUUUUAUGUUGAAAACGGAAAAUAGAGACUACACAUAAGUGAAUAGUUAGAAAAAAAGAUGCUUCUUUUAAUGUUACACGUGAAAUUAUGAAGUCAAAGUUUCAAAGGGAGAUAAUCAAAACAGUGCAUUUUAUAGUACUCUAUAAAUGUUAAUCAUUAAGUCUAACCUUUGAUAAAUACAUGAAAAAACAGUUAACAUACAUUGAAUUUAGCAAGAAAAUAAUAUAUUUCAUAUUCCUAAAAAUAUGGCAGCCACAUUUUAGUCAAAGGCAUUAUGACCCCUUGAUAAAACCUAAUAAUUUAAAAAUUAUUUUAUCUGAAAUUGCAUAGAUAUUAGUGUAUCUAAGUUACAUUAGAGAUCAAACAGAAAUUGUUUUUUAAUAUACAUAUGCUAUUGUUUAAGCAUUUUUUUCAAUGAUACGUACUUUUUUAGGUUGUUGUCAAACACGUGAAAGUCCUGUUAAUACAAUAUCGCCUUAAUUCAUGCUUUUUUACUAAUGCAUAAAUGAUGUUAGCUGAUUUAGAUAAUAUUGACCAGGGAUUCAGUAUAAGACAAGUGGAACUAAAUGGAUCUUUUAUAAUUUCUGUUUGAAAAUAUAUCUCUUAUAAGUCUAGGCUUCUGAUAUCUUAUCUGCUACAAUACAAUGGAAGGUAACUGCGAUAAAAAUUAGCCUUCCAAAUGUCUACGGCAAUGUCCCCUGAAAGAAAAAUAGAGAACAUAAUAGAUGACUCUGUCCUAUGAGAACAUUUGAAACAUUUGAUCUGUAUAAUUAUGAUAAAAAAGUUGUUGUUGAUAUUUAUUAUGAUUUGUAAACUGAAAGAAUACUAAUAUCUAACUUGAAGAUUAACUAAUUUGAACUGGUUUUGAGCGUAUUAAAAGUAAAUGAUGAAGAGGGAAAUUUGUCCAGAAGAAUAGUAUAUUUGAUUACCGCCACACAUUGAUAUUUUGAGGUUGCAUGGUAAAUUUAAAUUUAAAUUAGAAUUACGGGUAAGUGGAAUGUAAGUUAUGAAUAUAAAUUAUAAAGUAAGUAUGAAUAUUGAAAUGUUUUGAUGAAGAUUAUGAUAAUUAAUAUGUAUUCUCAGGUAAAAUCUGGUGUAGUGGAAUAAGGCAUAAAUUUAGGUUCCAGAAGAAAUUAUAUAUCUUUAUUACAAGUCAUGCAUGUUUCGCUUGAUUAUAUAUAUUAAUCUAUUAAGUGACCGUAUUUCCUUUUUAUUAUCUUUUUACAACUAUAAUCUAUGAAGUUCAUGCUUAUUAUCUAUCUUCGCUAAUUGGUCGGCUAUUGUAUACAAGCGAUAAAUAUAUUCAACAUUGUUUCCUCAAUUAACAUUUUUAUGUAUUCAACAUUCUGUUUUAUAUGACUUGUGUUAAAUGUUUUGUAAAUAAAUAAUAUGUUUAAUAAAACUGUCUUAAUUGUA